AUGUGUUCAGGGAAACAGUCAUGCAGCCCUGGUAACACUGAAGAGUCACGUCGUUUGAAUAGACUCUCUAGACCAAGGCGCGCUGUACGACGGUUGCUUGUCAUGUCGUUAGCUGUAUUUGGCUUUAUUUCCUUAACGCUUAAACAUACACAGCAGAUUACAACUACAUAUGCUUUCAAAUUGCCUCUCAGUAUUGCAGAGGUAAAAUCAACGUAUCAAUUUGAUGGAGCUGAUGCCAAAAGGUGGAACGCAAAUGUCGAGCUGAAAGACCUCAAAAGUCUAAAAACGACGAGACCUAGAUUACACCUUCUUAUCACAACACUCAAUCAGACUCCAAGCGUAAAUAUAUGCCGAACUAUAGCUUCAGCCGCCGUCCUCAAAUAUCCGGCGCCCAUCUUGAUAAAUUAUGGAACCGAUGAACGAGGUCUGAAACCAGGAGCUGAUGCAGUCCAGCGGAUCUAUGAGUUUCUGGCGGGAAGGAAAGUAGCUGCAAAGGAUUUGGUCUUAGCUAUAGAUGAAGAUAGCUGGCUUCAACUUCCUCCAGAAAUCACCAUCCAUCGCUUCUUCCGUAGCUUGCAUGACGCUAAUCGAAGGUUGAUGGCAAGGGACGUGAAGAUUCCAAAAGAAUCUCUUGUAACACAGUCCUCAUUCGGCGCGCCGAUUUUGACACAAGCCGUCCUGUUCGCAGCAUCGAAAGAUUGCUCAAACUCACCUAGAGAUCCCGCAUGCUCAGCAGUACCGGAAUCGACCCUUCCAUCAGAUCUAUACGGAUCUUACACGGAUCACCACCCGAAUCUUAAGUACAACCGCCCACGGUUUCUAAGUAGUACUAUGGCAAUAGGCCAAGUCUCGGAUCUCCGCCCAAUAUACAAGUAUGCCACUGAUCUUUUACACCACCCCCACCAAAACCACGACAGCCAGAAAAUUCUCUCACAAAUUUUCGGCGAGCAGGAGAAACAGCGGACUCUGUGUAGUAGGAAAAUUUGUGGUUCGGGCUGGAAGAGCUAUUUCUUGUCGAAGCUCGAAGGCUUUUGGUCUGCUUCGCGUGAGCAGAAUCUAAAUCUUGCGCCUGAGUAUGACUUGGGAAUUACUCUCGACUACGGAAAUUCCAUUUUCCAGAUGAUGGAUCAUUCUAUUGAAGAUGUUCGCUUUGUUACGUUCAAGAACUUCACCAACUCAUCCUCCACUGAAUUCUCGGACCAUGCCAGCUAUGUACCAGUGACUUUGUCACAAGAUCUCAUAUCAACACUUCCACCAAUUCCGAAACACCAAUCUUCUUCUUCCGCUUCCAAGAUACCUAUUCCAGCCUCCGAUGGCCUGCCUUCGGAUCAGCUUACCUGGCUUGAUGUCGCUCUUGCACCAAAUCUAGUCAUGCCUGGUGGCAGUAGUCCUGCCGUAUUGAAUGUUCAUGGUGAAGCACUAGGUGGUGAGAUGUGGGGGAAGAUGUGGUUUUAUGAAUACGCGAGAGGUUUGAUGAGGGACUAUUCAAAGAAUUCAGCAGACAAGGAUGUAGGUGAAGGUAUGAUUGAGUUGAGAGACUCAGAGAGGAAGUGGAUUGGGGGACGAUUUGGGGCUUGGACAGGUGAUGGGAAGUGGCUGCAGUGGUCAGAGGUCUGCGGAAAUUUCCAGGAUGCAUUAUUCCCUGAUGGAAACGGUACUUUUCCAUCUGAGGAGGACGUUAAUAACAUAACACCAUCACCCAACACCAGUUAUGAACCAAAUUACGAAAACCAAAAUCCUCUAUCACAAAAACCAGCUCCUAACAUCGAAGAAUCACACCCCUUCCAACCUACCUCUGAGUCAAACAGUCAGCAAACAGACAGGUUUAUAGUGAAAACACGCAAAGGAAAGGCAAAACAUGUUUUAGAGGAGCUCGUAGAAAAUGGAGAGGGAGAAGAGAAGGGCGAGAGAAGAAAGGGAUUGUUGGACCCGGAAGAACUGAGGGGGCUGCCUGGGUGGGUUGAUGUGAGGUUUGAUGAUUUGUUAGAAGCUCCAGCGCUUGUAAAUCUCUAA